AUGGAAUUGAAUGGAUUGGAUACUGAUUUCUUUCUCUCUGUUGGGCUUGGCUUAGGGAGAACUGAAACUCCUGAGCUGAGGAUGCGGAAGAGUAUCAGUAGUGAAAGAACAUUUCGUGCUACUGAUGACGAGGAUUUUCUUUUUCAAAAACUAGGUGACAUUGCCGAGACACUUUCAAAUGACAUGAAAGAGAAAGGUCUCAGUGGACGAACAUUGACAUUGAAGUUGAAAACUGAUUCUUUUGAGGUUCGAACAAGAGCAACAUCUUUGCAAAAAUGCAUUCAGUCAAAGGAAGAUAUUCUAAGCUGUGCUUCAAGGAUUCUCAAGGCAGAACUUCCUCUUUCAUUGAGAUUGAUAGGUCUGCGCAUGUCUCAUUUCAAUGAUGACAAAAAUAGUCCUGUGGAUCCCAUGCAGAAAAGUAUUGUUGGUUUUUUGUCUGGUGAGGGUGCUAAUUUUAGUGCUAUGCCCUCCAAGAAACAAGAUUGUUUAGAAACUAGUGAUAAGAUUGAGGAUCAGGAAGGUCCUGAUUUUAGUGAGGGUCAUUCUAUGCAAUAUGUGGAAUUUGAUUCUACAGCUGAUGAUGAUCACACUGUAACUAGAAAAGAUGAUAGAUUUUCUCUUUUAUGUGAAUCUCAUGGUUCUGACUCCAGCAGCAUUGCGAAGAAAUUUAAGAUCAAUGAUUCAUACUUGGUUGAGACCAAACCAAACGAAUCUGUGGAGCCUAAUGAGUUAACUCAUUCAGUUGAGGCACAAUCUACACAAAUCGAGGAAGCGGGUUUAAUAUGGGUAGAUGACUACAUUUGUUCAGUUUGUGGUAUAGAAAUGCCACCAAGCUUUAUUAUGGAGAGGGGAGAGCAUUCUGAUUAUCAUUUAGCAGAGAUGCUCCAAAAAGAAGAAACUUCGUAUCGCAGAUGUCAUCUUGCUCAUGAAGGGAGGUUUGAGCACAGUGCGGCGCACAAUAGAGAGAGUGUGAGGAAAAAACAGAAGUGCUCCCCAAAGGAGGUCAAGCAUAUCCCAAUUGAAGCUUUCUUCUCAAAGUGCAAGAAAAACUCAUAACUUAUGGAUAUUUGCACUGUGUACAUAUCUGCAAAUAGAACUUGUAAUUUCUAAUUUGUUGCUUUUGCUUUUUCAUAUUUUGACAUAAGCUAAUGUAAUCCAAUAAUUGCUUGUUUUGAAUCACAA